AGAGGAAGAAGCGGGGUGCGAAAAAAUAGCCGUGCUUUGUUCGUGCGAAUCUAUUUUCGCGAUUAAAACAGUGGUUUCUGUGGUUUCAUUUUGUGAUUAUUUACUGUGUUUCGGUCGGUGUGACGAUGUCGAGAAACUUCCGGAGAGGUCGCGGCAGCCGCAAUCAGCUAGGAGAGCGUAACUUCUACGAAGCACCCCAAACGUUCGUGGACCACGAUGACCGUGGCGAGCGCAACAAUGACCGGCGUGGUCGGAACAACACGGUUAGGCGCGUCAGCUUCAAACCCUCCGGGAAUGGGGCGGGAGGUCGGGGUAAAGUGUCCCGCGCCAUGCAACAGCUUGUGCGUAGCCACCUAAACCGCGAGGAGGACGAGGCGAUGCGGGGCGACAUGUUCGAUUCCGAUUUGCGCACUCACAUCGGCAGCAACAACAACAACAAUAACCGUAACCGAACCAACCGUGGACGACGCAGCGGAUCACCGCUGCCACGCGGUGCCGGGAACACCAACUUGCGGAAGAAACUCGUUCCCACACAGAACAGCUGGUACGAGGUGCGAAUACCGUACGGGCAAAAGUACGAAAAAGAGUUUGUGCUCCGCUCGAUCCAGCAAGCGAUCAGCCCACAGUUCUUCAUCCCACUCUACUACAAGGCGGCCGAAUCGAGUGUUACGUUUUAUGUGGAAGACUUUGCUACGGCCGAAGCCAUCCAGAAGCUGGAUCGCAAGAUCGCAACUCCGGACGGGCGAAAGAUGAUUUUGUUGGUGCGCAGCAACCAUCCGGUGUUUCAGGUGAACGACCAGCUAAAAGAGCGCAUGAAGCAAGCGAUGGUUAAGCGCUACAACCCGGUGACCAAGGCGCUAAACCUGGAAAAGUUUCACGCGGAUCCGGAUCUGAGUGACAUUUUCUGUGCCCUAUUUAGGCCACAGAUCAUUCUCGUGGCUAUCGACAUUAUCGCCGAACACAUUCCCGAGCUCGAAGCGCUCAACUUGAAUGACAACAAGCUGUACAUGCUGGAUCACCUGAGAUCGAUGGCCACUAAAAUCCCGAACAUAAAAAUACUGUACAUGGCCAAGAACCGGAUACCGUACAUCAAUACGCUCGACAGUUUAAAGGCACUCAAGUUGGUGGAACUGAACCUAGAGGAAAACCCACUGAAGCAGCGCUACGAGGACCAAACAAUCUACGUCAGUGAAAUUCGUAAACGAUUCCCGAAAGUGAUCAAGCUGGACAACAUCGAUCUACCGCCCCCAAUAAGCUUCGACGUGGAGGAUGAAUCAAAAUUUCCUUCCUCAAAAGCUUCGUUUCUGUGCGACGCAAGCGGGGCCGAUCUGGUGCGACAGUUCCUGGAACAAUAUUUCGUCAUUUUUGAUUCCAACAACCGACAGAUGCUGCUGGAAGCGUAUCAUGAGCAUGCCAUGUUCUCCCUCACGGUCAACACGUAUCAUCAGAAUAAUCAGCAAAAAUUGGCGGCAUACAUGCAUGGCAAUCGUAACAUCAAGCACAAAACCGAUUUGGACUCGCGAUGUCGUUCCCUCAAGCAGGGGCGGUUGCAGGUCGUUUCGUAUCUUUCGGAACUCCCUCCCACCAAGCAUGAUCCACAGUCGUUUGCGGUGGAUUUGACGCUUUUCACGCCUCAACUUUUGCUGCUCACCGUGACGGGCGUGUUUAAGGAGCGUAAACCUAACAACAACAAUGAAAUGAUCCGUUCAUUCCAACGUUCGCUUGUCAUUGUUCCGUCCGGUGGAGGAUUUUGCAUUCGCAACGAGAUGAUGCAUAUCAACGGUGCUACCCGUCUGCAGGAGGAGAAGUCGUUCAAGGAUGCCACCGGUUUCGCCGUUACCCCGGCUCCAUCCCUGGCUUCAACGCCGGCCGUAUCACCGCUCCCGGCCGCCAGUGCACCAGACGAUAAUACGAAACUACAGAUGGUACAGGCGUUGGCCACGCAGAGCACGAUGAAUCUGGACUGGAGCCGGCGGUGUCUGGAGGAAACGAACUGGGAUUAUCAGCGGGCCGAAUUUGCGUUUGGCGAACUGCAGAAACAGAAUCGGAUACCACCAGAAGCAUUUAUUAAAAAUUAAUUAAUUAAUUCCCACGAACUUCUGCUGAAGCAUGAGAGGGUUUUGCUUUUAAACUACCGCAUUAUGUUUCAAUCAAACUUGUAGCAACUUCAAUUUUAGUAGAAUCAUACGAAAAAUAGUUUGUGGGGUAGUACCGGUUGCUACUAUUACUACUGCUACUAAAUCACCGCCAUGUAAAUCAAUGAUAGAGCCCGCCCAUCUGGAACCUGCUUUCCCAAGAGCUUCGUUCAAGAUGUGAUGGCAUACGGAACCGCUAUUACGCUCUAGUUUAUUCAACUGUUUCCUAUGUUGUAGUUAAACGUUCUUUACACUGAUUGGGUGUAUGAUUAGGAUACUCUCAAAAUGUAUAUGUUUUCUUAACAGCUGAUAUCUUGAUAUUGUUUCCUCCAGAGGCAAUUGAUCCAAUGUGCAACACUUAUAAACGUAGUAGGAGUAUAGAAAGAAAACAUAUCUCUUUGGAGCAUCGCGAUUUUUUUUUGCCAAAGGCGUGAAAAUUCAUUUGCAUCUAUUACUUUCGUUCCCCCCUCAUGUGUGAAAAAUCUUUCAAUUAUGGUUUUUGAUUUUAUUUUAUUUCCUGGCUUAUACUUUAUCGGAUCUGUUUUGUCUGCAAAAUCAUAUAAAUCUACUUAAGAUUGAAGGGAAAACAACUAAACUAGAGCUCAUAUUUCCGGUGUUGUGCAUGGAUCGUGCAAGGCCAAAACUUGGUAUAAAUAAUUCAUUUAUCAUGUCAUGUUCCCGGAACUGAUAAAUGAAAUGAGGCAAGAGGAAUAGACGGGGAUGGUCAAUUUUAUACCUAGUGCGUUGUACAUAACCGUGCUCGCAUCGGAUAAUCUGCACCUUAUAAGUCGUCAA